CGACGUUUUUUACAUUUCUAAUUUGACAUAAACAAGAGAAAGUGGUUUCGCUUGUUUUGGCACGGUGGCGAAUUGUAAAAAUGGCGCGUAAUGCGGAAAAGGCAAUGACGACGUUAGCCCGUUGGCGUGCCGCCAAGGAAGCUGAAUCUGGCGAAAAGGACAGACGUCCGUAUUUGGCAUCGGAAUGUACCAGUCUCCCUAAGUGUGAAAAGUACCGUUUAGAGAUUAUCCGAGAAAUAUCUAAGAAAGUAGCACAAAUUCAAAACGCCGGAUUAGGUGAAUUCCGAAUAAGAGAUUUAAACGAUGAAAUAAAUAAAUUGCUGCGAGAAAAGCGACAUUGGGAGAAUCAAAUUUCCGCUUUGGGUGGUCCACAUUAUCGACGCUAUGGACCAAAAAUGUUCGACGCCGAGGGGCGAGAAGUACCAGGCAAUCGUGGUUAUAAGUAUUUCGGUGCAGCGAAAGACUUACCUGGUGUGCGCGAACUCUUUGAACAAGAGCCACCGGCACCUCAACGUAAAACACGUGCAGAACUGAUGAAAGACAUCGAUGCUGAGUACUAUGGCUAUCGAGACGACGAUGAUGGUACUUUAAUACCAAUGGAGGAACGAAUUGAACGUAUAGCUAUUCAAAAUGCCUUGCAAGAGUGGAAAGAAAAAAUGGCUCGCGAUGGACAUGUUGAUGAAGAGGAAGAAGAGGAGAUAUAUGGUUCGUUGAAGGCAGCCGCCGAGGAUACUGAAGGAGAUAGUGAAACCGACAAAUCGACAAGUAUAAUAGUGGGAAAUGAUCCUAUGGAAAUGUUAGCACCCCGUUUCACAGCACAUGUACCCGUACCAACGCAAAAAGAUAUUGAAGAAGCAUUAUUGAGGAAGCGAAAGCAGGAGCUGUUAGAAAAAUAUGUAGGGACUGACUAAAAUAAACAGUUUAGCUGAGCAACA